UUAAAAAUAAUAAACUCAUAGUGAAGACAGUGUUUACCUAUUGCACUUGUAGUUCAUAUUUUGUCCAAUAGCUGUCGCUAAAGUCGGAUAAGCGAUAGAUGGUGAACAACCUUAAUAAUAAUCAAACUGAUUGGUAGAUAAGUUCAUCAAAAUAUCUUAAGAUGUCGCUACUAUUUAUAUAUAUUAAUAUGUGUCAAUAUAUAUUUUUGUCGGAGUCGUAUCGUGGAUCAUCGUGAACGUUCUGUCAGGGCCGUGCUUUUCAGCCAUGCCUUGCUUAACUGUAAAAGAGGAUACGCUUAAAUGAUUCAUUUAAAUAUUAGCCCUUGAAAAAGCCUAGAAAGAAACGUUGCAAUGUAACAUCUCGCAGACGAGAUUAAACAUGAAUCUCAUUUGCUUUAAUAAAAUGGAGUUGGGGUGUUUAUUGAAAAGUAAAUUAUUAUUCGAUCAAAUAUGUCGGUCGUAUUAAAAAAAUUCAAUGGUGAAUAGAUGUGGCAAAAAGGUAACAUUUUCGAUACGUACAAAUUUUUUACAAUGUCACUUGACAUUCUACAAGAAAAAAAUGCAACAAUAAACGGCAAGGGCAAUAUGUCGGUAGUAUCACAGCCUACUACAAGAGGUGGGCUUAGAGUUUACAAGAUAGUUGUCUUGGGUGAUGGUGGUGUUGGAAAAUCAGCUGUAACUUUGCAAUUCGUAAGUCAUAGUUUCCUCGAAUGUCAUGAUCCAACAAUAGAGGAUUCGUAUCAACAACAGACUGUAAUAGAUGGAGAAGCAGCACUUUUAGAUAUUUUAGAUACUGCUGGACAGGUAGAAUUUACUGCAAUGCGUGAUCAGUAUAUGAGGUGUGGCGAAGGAUUCAUGAUAUGUUAUUCUGUAACAGAUAAACAUAGUUUCCAAGAAGCUUUAGAAUAUCGUAAAUCAAUAUCACGUGUACGGCCUAACGAGCAUAUUCCACUUGUAUUGGUUGGUAAUAAAUUUGAUUUACAGCAUCAGCGAGAGGUAUCAACAGAAGAAGGUAAAGCGCUUGCAGAACAAUUAGGGUGUCCAUUUUAUGAAACAUCUGCUGCGCUUCGACAAUUCAUAGAUGAUGCUUUUUAUUCAUUAGUUCGACAGAUACGUGCAAAGGAAAGAUCACGUAAUUCAGUUCGAAAACAUAGUCGUUGGUGGCGUCUUCGUUCAAUUUUUGCUUUUAUAUACAGAAGAAAACGAAGACAUCAUCACCACCAUCAUUACUCUCCAUAAUAAUAACCAAUUUUAAAGGAAUUUAUUAGAUAUUUUACAUUAGUGAGAGAUAUAGAAAGAAAAAAAAAGUAACUAACUUUUGGGCUAAAUUACAACGAAGAAAAAGAUUUGAAUGACUUUUAUAUUUUUAGAGUACUUUCCUAGGAAUUAAUAAUUUACUAACAUCACACUGCCUUAUCAUCAAACCUAAAUCAUAGGUAAUUUUGAAAUGAGAAAGUGAAUCGUAUAUUGAGAUGGCAUGUUUGUAUAUUAGAUUUGUGUUACAUCAGUCCAAACUGACAUGCCCAAUAGAACAAUGUUGAACUUAGAAUGUAAUAAAAGAUUCACUUUCACUAUAAAUUAAAAGUUUCAGGUAUUACAGCAAUACAUUCUACAUGACAUUAUUUCGUACAUGUAGCACAUUGUUCUUAAAUAUUACUCAUCUCGAAGGCUGUUGAUAAAUAUAUAAGCUCUUAUUAUUUAUAAGAGCUGAUUAUAUGAAAAAGGAAGUAAAUACCUAAUAUACAUUUCCAGAAGGAGAUCAUUUUUUUUUUGUUUUAUUUUAUUUUAUCUUUGUUUUUUUUUUUUUCUUAUUUAUUUAUUUAUUUAUUUUUUUUUUCCUUUGAUGAAAAAAUACUGCAGAUGAAAAAGAUAUAAUAAUUUCAUUUAACAUUUUUAUCUAACCAAAGAAAUGAAUAUUAUUGGUAUAUUUGCAGAAUGCAUAAAUGGGAAAUCUAAAUUUUUAUAGCAUAUAAAUAAAUGAAUAUAAGACGUUAAAUGAAAAUUUUAUAAAAUAAAUAUUUAAUAUAUAUUGUUUGACUUUUAUGAAAAGUGUAAAAAUUCUAUUCAUCUUCCUUUAAAUGAAAAGGCCUAUAUGAGAAGGCAACAUAAAUAUUGAGAAUAAUUUUUUAUACUAAAUUUAAUACAAAUUAUACUAGGUAUUAUAUAACGAUCAGAAUUGUGUAUAAAAUUUAUAUUUUAAAAAAAUUAUAAUUUAGACUUAAAAGUCGCACAAAAAAAGUACGAACUUUUGGAAGGGGCAGUCUUCAAUCAUGACACAUAUUUACAUUAGUAUAUAACAUUUAGUAAUCCAAAGACCAUAAUAUGUAAAUAUGUAACAGUUGUAGGCUAUCCCUUAAUUUACUAGCUGGCUUGUGGUAUAUACGAUUGUAAAAGAGAUGUCUUUAAUGUUAAAGACAUUUUUAUUUUAAGUUACCACAUAAGAAAAAGAAAAAAAGAACAUGAAUUUACAGAAUAAAUAUCUAGUCGUUACUUAAUAAUGUCCUAGUCAAAAAAAAAAAAUUCUACAUUUUGUUAUAUGGAUAUCAAUAUAGUGUUAAAUCAAGCAGCUUGAAUAUUAUUUAUGUACAAUGUGUAUAUUAAAAUAAAAUCGGCCUUAUAAUGCGUUUUAUAAUACGCACAAUGUACUCAUAAGCAAUAUAAUUAUAUGUAAAUCAUAAUGUCCCUUUAUUAAAUGUGAAUUGAAAUUUAAGUAAUUUAUUAAUUAGUUAUAUAAUAAAGAAAAAGAUAAUAUAUUAUUUUUAACAAAAAACUCUGCAAAUAGAUUGGCAGCAUUAACAAUUACUAUCACUAUGUAUCGUUUUGCAAAUAUAUAAUUUAUAACAUGA